AUGCUGCAAUCACUUCUCUUCUCACCUCUCGUCUACGCAGACCAGGUCCACGUCGUCAAUAAACCUCGAGUACGAGUCACGACAGCACUCGUCAACUUUCAUGCUCGCAUCAUUGAUCAAUGGGGAGAUGGAAGUGGCAAACUGUGGACCAUCGCCAACGACUCUUACCAUCCUUUUGCUCAUCGCCAAUUUGGCGGAGGUACGCGGCGAGAGAUCAGAGGAACCAACAUGUUCGGAAGUGGAUAUCCAUACGGAGCAUGGAAUACGACCAGUAUCGCAUGUCGCUUGUUUCCAUUUGGCGUGUGGCCUCUGCAUUGGGGGGACUUCAUGGACUCGGAUGAAGUUGGUGCUCGGUUGGAUGCCAUUCGUCCAGGAGGUCAUCUUUCAGUCGUUCCACUGAGAGCGACAAAGGAUAACUUGACAGUCUCGCCGGACGAGGUAUACUACGCGGUCGGAGACUCACAAUCUCUACUCUCUAUCCUAAUCUCGUACGUGACCUGGUGUCAUGCGAGUCUAGCAUGGCCAACGCGCUUCGAUCCGAUGUCCCCGAACACAAAAGUCAAGCUGGAUAAUGUACUGAUGUACUACCGGGCUAGCAGUUUCGCACUUGCGUCCCCCACAUACAACAACACCAACAGUCGAAACGCAUCGUAUCAGCCAAUAACAGAAUGGAUACCGAAGGCAGCCAAAAACUCACCAUUCUGGCAUUGUCUAGACUCAACGACGGCCAACGCGCUGCCAAUUAUGAACCCGCCGCCUCGACCACCCGGAUACAAGAGUAUCCCUAAACUUUUUGCUGCGCUUUGGUGGAUCCUUGUGCCAGGUGCAUGGGUAAUUUUGGUGAUCAUUGGCUCGGCUGUUUUGGAUAAUCCGGGAUUGGGUAUGGAACUUUGA